AUGACGACUCUUCUCGACAACACUGGCCUGCCACUAUGGGUGUACAUUGUCCUCAUAGUCGUGGGUUCAAUGUUGUUGCUGGCCACACUGGCGAUUCUCCUGAGAUGCUGGUUUGUCCGGAGAAAACCAAAGCAGAGCUACAUCGAAGGCCUCACAGGUCCCACUCGCCGAGUGACCCUGAGAAGGGGACGGCUGGUGCCGACUUCUCAGCAUUUAUCUUUGACCGGAUCCAAGUUUGGGACGCGGCAGUUUGGAAUGCUUGCGGACAACGAGUCCACCAUGACAGGACGGCGGAGCCCCUUUGAGUGGUGGAAUACCAUCAUGGACAGAUCACAAUCUCGUCAAGACCAGAUGUCUCAAGUGGAGACGGGAUCUAUAUCGGCAUCAACACGUCCGACAUCCAGGGCGACGACAACAGCUGGCCGACGGGAAGUCCUUACAGCGACUCCUACCUUGACUCCGGAGAAGUACAAAGAGCCGGUUUCGAGAACUUGGGAAGUGACUUUGCCUUCACAAUCACCAUCACCACCACCGUCUCCAUCGCCCAGCCCGUACGGCCAAAAGACGGUCAACUUUUCAAGAUCCUUCGUUUCUCGCACACCUUCCUCUCCGCUUGCACAACGCUCUCAGCACACCCUGUCACGGAUCUCAGAAAAAUCUUUGCACUACUCCAUGAUCAGCACAAACGGCGCGAACGGCACAAACCAGCUUAGUCCCUCUUCCUACCAUGCAACAGUCGGAUCCAUUAGUGGCCGCUCUCCUCUCUUCGAACAGCCUCUGCGGAAUUCCCCCACCCCCGCCAAUUCGAUGUCACUUGCUAUUCCUGUUAGCCCUGCGAAACCAUCGCCAACGCUCGCCGGGGAACAGUUCAACCAUUCGGCCGUCAUGAAGCCAAGGCCCUGGGCCUCCGACCGGCUAAGUGCCUCGGCCACAAGCUUACCCCAACCCGCGCCUUCCCCUACCGUUCCGUCUAGGCCCUUCACUGCAGAUGCAUCACUUUCCCGAGACCACCCCUAUCUAAUAGCGCCUUCGGCGGUACCGACUCUCACAGUGCCCAAGCCUGUGGUAUACGGCACGUCGAAGCCAGGAACUAGCGAAACCUACUCCCACUAUAAUCAACCCAACCUCUCGCAGCUCGAUUUGUCUCGAGAGUCUAUUGUUCUGUCCGGCAGGGACAGCAUCUCUGCAGCAAUAUCCGAUUCACAUUUGGCCAAGCAGCCUCCAGCCAACAUCAGCGUUGAACCUAACUUAAUCGUCUAUGAUACUCAGCUGCCGGAAUACUGGUCCCAGCGGCCUGGCAUGCCAGAUUUGGCUUCUUCCUUGAAUAUCAAUGGCAGCACAGCCAUGCACUCUCGUGAACAUGCCGGUUUGUCAGAGGGUAUCAGAAAUGAAGACGGAGAAGAGCAGAACAGAUUGGGCAUCAUGACCGUCCCGGGGAAGAAGAAAUCAAAAGUCCUCCGAAAGAAAUCACUUCGACGGAUGCAGACACAGGCGACCACAUGA